GGUAUUAGGUAUUGCCAUGGUGCGGUUUUAUAUACAGAAAGGAACACAUAGAGGCUUAUUCAGAAGCGUUCAAAAGACGCUUAAAUUUUUCCAGACAUUUGCUUUGCUUGAGGUAGUCCACUGUGCAGUUGUUCGCACAUCUGUGCUUGUGACUGGGGUCCAAGUGAGUUCAAGAAUCUUCAUGGUGUGGUUCAUUGCACAUAGUAUAAAACAGAUCCAGAAUGAGGAGAGCGUUAUUCUUUUUCUGGUCGUAUGGACUGUGACAGAGAUUACUCGAUAUUCCUUCUACACAUUCAACCUGCUCAACCAUUUGCCAUACUUCAUUAAAUGGGCCAGAUACAACUUUUUUAUCAUUUUGUAUCCUGCUGGAGUUGCAGGUGAACUGCUAACCAUAUAUGCUGCUUUACCCUAUGUGAAGAAAACAGGAAUGUUUUCACUGAGACUUCCCAACAAAUAUAAUGUCUCCUUUGACUACUAUUACUUCCUUAUUAUUGUCAUGUUCUCCUAUGUGCCAUUAUUUCCACAACUCUACUUCCACAUGCUGCGGCAGAGAAGAAGAGUGCUUCAUGGAGAAGUGAUUGUGGAAAAGGACGAUUGAAUCAAGCCGUUUAACUAUGGUGCUUUUAAUGGAAAAAAAGAGGGUAAAGAAACAAAACUUCCUGUGAUUUUACUGAGUCCAAGUUUUAAAGCAUGGAACAAGAAUAAACAACUGUGCAUAAAGU